CAGGAAUUUAUGAGGCCUUAGAGUUGCGCGAUGGAGACAAGCGACUGCUGGGCAAGGGCGUUCAAAAGGCGGUGGCCAACGUCAACGAGAUCAUCGCGCCAAAGCUGAUUGGCAUGGAGGUGACGAAACAGACGGAGAUCGACAAACUCAUGGUGGAGACGCUGGAUGGCUCUCAGAAUGAGUGGGGCUGGUCCAAGGCCAAGUUGGGUGCCAAUGCCAUCUUGGCAGUCUCCAUGGCCGUUUGCCGCGCAGGAGCUGCCGCCAGUCGGAUGCCACUUUACAAAUAUAUCGCUAGGAUCUCUGGAAAGCCCUAUGACAACUUCGUGAUGCCUGUGCCCUCCUUCAACGUGAUCAACGGCGGCAGCCACGCAGGAAAUCGCUUGGCCUGCCAGGAGUUCAUGAUCCUGCCGGUGGGCGCCGCCUCCUUCCGCGAAGCCAUGUGCAUCGGCGCCGAGGUCUAUCACAACUUGAAGAGCGUCAUUAAGAAGAAGUACGGCCAGGACGCAUGCAACGUGGGCGACGAGGGCGGCUUCGCCCCGAGCGUCCAAGACAACAACGAGGCCUUGGAUGUGCUGAUGGAGGCGAUAGAGAAGUCCGGCCAUGCCGCAAAGGUGAAGAUCGGUACCGACGUGGCCGCUUCGGAGUUCUACAGCGCUGAGACCAAGAAAUAUGACUUGGACUUCAAGAACCCCAGCAGCCCAGACAGCAUGAAGAAGACUGCUGAUGAGAUGAUCGCCUACUACAAGGACUGGAUCAGCAAGUACCCCUUCGUCUCCAUUGAGGAUCCCUUUGACCAGGAUGAUUGGGAUGCUUACUCCAAGUUCCAAGCAGAAGUUGGUGAUCAGGUCCAGACGCUGGGCGAUGAUUUGUUGGUCACGAAUCCCAAGCGAGUGGAGAAGGCCUUGUCCGUGAAGGCUUGCAAUGCCUUGCUGCUGAAGGUGAAUCAGAUUGGCUCCGUGACGGAGGCCAUCGAAGCGGCCAGCAUGUCGCAGUUCGCCGGCUGGGGGGUCAUGGUCUCCCAUCGCUCUGGUGAGACGGAGGACUCCUUCAUCGCGGACCUGGUCGUGGGACUGCGCACGGGGCAGAUCAAGACGGGCGCGCCCUGCCGUUCCGAGAGGUUGUCAAAGUACAACCAGCUCCUGCGUAUUGAGGAGGAAUUGGGCGAAAGGUGUUCUUACGCGGGCACCGGCUUCCGCAACAUUGGUUCCCCGGACUUCGGCAUGAAGAGGAAGCCGUUUGUGGGCGGCAACUGGAAAUGCAAUGGGAAGCUCAGCGGCGUCAAGGAACUCCUGGCAGCACCUUCGUCUGCACCAGAGCAGGGCGCCUUCAAGGGCAUCGGAGCAGAUCCUAAAUCCGUGGACGUGGCCAUCUUUGCUCCCACGCUGCACAUCCCUGCGGCCCAGGACUGCCUGGCGGGCGAUGCUGCGAUCCAGCUAGGGGUGCAAAACAUGAGCAAGACAGGUGAGGGUGCCUUCACUGGAGAGGUCUCCGCUGGUCAGGUGGCCGAUUGCGGACUUAAGUAUGUCUUGGUCGGCCACUCCGAACGCCGCUCGUUGUACGGAGAGACGGACGAGGAUUGCGCGGCCAAGACGAAGGCCGACGGUUUGACGGUGGUCUUUUGCAUUGGCGAGUCGUUGGCUGAACGUCAAUCUGGGAAGACCACAGACGUCUGCGAGAAACAGAUGAAGGCUGUGAUCCCUGUGAUCUCGGACUGGUCGAAGAUCGUCAUCGCCUACGAGCCGGUGUGGGCCAUCGGUACCGGCGUCGUCGCCACGCCGCUCCAAGCGCAAGACACCCAGUACCAGGUGCGCCGUUGCAUCCGUGACGAGUGUGGCGCAGAGAUUGCGGACUCGGUGCGGAUCAUCUAUGGUGGAUCGGCCAAUGAGAAGAACUGCAAGGCCUUGGGUGAGCUGCCCGACGUGGAUGGCUUCCUCGUGGGCGGCGCCUCUUUGAAACCCACCUUCACGGAGUCCGUCCCCACGCUUCAGGCAGCCUUUAAACCUUAAGUCUUGCAAGAUGCUCCUGCCUCGCCCGCACAUAUAGUGUGUGCGUCUGAAAUUUCUCUUGCUGGAAAGGCGGCAUGUCGCAACUGUCAACUUACAGCUUUGGGAUGUGCCAGAUGCUUUGCCAGUUCCUGUUGCC